GCCGUUCUGAUUGGUCACGAGGGCGUAACAACGACUGCGAUUGGCUGAGGGAUUGGCGCUCCGCAUCGUGUAUUUUGAACCUAAAUAGGAACGCAGCGGCUCUCGUCGGGCCAGAGGGAGAAAGCGGAGGCUGUCAGUCGGGUGGGGGGCCGCCAUGCCGCUUUAGCAUCGUUUGCCUGGCCUUUAUUCACACCCCCCCCCCCCACAAUUAGCGUGAGUCGUCCGUUCGGAAAUGUUAACCCGUCGCGGCAGGCUAAAUGGUGUCGAGCUCGUGUCUUAGCUUGCAGCUCUUGCUAAUUGGCGACAGCAAAUUCCUGUGAAACAACAAAAACCGCGACCGAGCAAAAGCGGAGACGGAAAUCUCGAGGAGGAGAAAAGACGACGACGACGACGACGACAUGGAUGAAGGUUCGGGCAGCGUCAGUCCCGUCGGCGUCGGCGUAGGCGUCGACGCGAGGAGCAGGCCCAGCGACGUCCCCGGCCUUUCCUCGUUGUUCCUGCCGGACGCGAGCCACCAGACGGCCCCGUCGUGCAGGACUCGCUUCUCGCCGGGCCCCUCCGCGAUUCUCUCGCCCAUCACCAAUCUCGCCCUGGACAUGAACAAAUUUGUGCACCUCGGCAGCCAGUGCGACACACCGAAGAGGAGUCGCCAUGCGCCCCCUUUGGAGAAGGUGCCCUCCUUCGGCUCGGAUGUCUCCUCCGACGCUGGCCUCGGCAUGGAUUCCCCAAGUCCCGUCGACCCCCUGGAAGUGGAGGACGCCUUCGAGAAGGCCAUCUGGCAGUCCAGCAGAGUCAACGAGAAGAUGCCCAUCAGACGGAACAACUCUUUACCACUCCAGCUCCUGUGCUUCAGCCCGUCCCUGAAGGGAUCCGAACCGGUCGCCAACCGCUACGGGAUAUUCGGCCAGCAGCCCGACCGCGUCGACGACCCCGCUUCGUCGUCCCAGUGGGAAAACAAGGAGAACCUCACCGAGGAGGGCUUCGAGUUCAAGAAGCCCAUCAAACCGGCGUCCCGCACCCGAGUGCGCUCUUUCAACAACAGCCCCCCGAAGGAUGCCUUCGCCCACCGCCCCAACUCGGCGCCGGCCCUCAUGCUGUCGUCGCCCCGCGCCGUGCAGCAGCUGCAGUUUAACGACAACAGCCCGUUGUUCCUGCGGCGCUCGUCCCUGACGUCGGCGCUGCACGACGAUGACGACGACGACGGCUUCCUGGACGUGCUGGACGACAACAUGGAGACCGCCAACGACAUGCCGCAGGGGAUGGCCGGCUUGCUCACAGCGCCCCUUGUGGCCGGCGGCUUCGGAGACGACUCGCCGGCGGCGCGCUGGCGGCCGCGCAGCCUUUUCCGCUCCCCGUCCAUGCCCAGCCCCUCCGUGUCCCGCGGCUGCACCAAGCGUCCCGACUGCCCCGCAGACGACGGCGCGCCGGUGCGGGUCAAGCGGCGCCGUAGCCUGGCGGCCUCCGAAGGCGGCAAAGAGGAACAGGACGUCCGCUCGCCCCAGACGGCUGGCUUGCAGCUGCAAAGGUCCAAAUCCUUCUGCCAGAUGGAGAUCGACAAAGUUCUGGACAGGAACGACUGCACCGCAGACCUGAUUGGAGACUUUACUAAAGCUUACGCGCUGCCAACGGUGGACGGACAACAUCAGGACCUCAAAUACGUCACGGCGGAAACGCUGGUGGCGGCGCUGCAGGGCCACUUCAGCCAGGUGGUAGAGCGAGUCAUCAUGGUGGACUGCCGCUACCCGUACGAGUUCGACGGCGGCCACAUCAAGGGUGCCACGAAUCUCUACCUGGAGGAGGAGGUCCAGGACUUCCUCCUGCGGACGCCGGUGGUGGCGUCGUGCCCGGACAAGCGGGUCAUCGUGGUGUUCCACUGCGAGUUCUCGUCCGAGCGCGGCCCCCGCAUGUGCCGCUACGUGCGCCAGCGCGACCGCACGCUGAACGACUACCCCAAGCUCCACUACCCGGAACUCUACGUGCUCAAGGGCGGCUACAAGGAGUUCUUCCCCCUCUUCCAGAUGCAGUGCGAGCCCGAGUCGUACCGGCCCAUGAUGGCCGAGGACUUCCGCGAGGACCUGCGGACGUGUCGCCUGAAAAGUCGCUCGUGGGCCGGCGAGCGCAGCAAGCGGGACAUGUACAGCCGCCUCAAGAAGUUGUGAGCGCCCCCCGCUGGCCGGCGUCCGCGUUAACGUUUUAUCAGUACUUCCGUGCGCACGAAUCCAGUCGGGGACUUUUAUUUUAUUUUAUUUGGUCCCUCCCUCGUGCCCACACUGCCUUUUUUAAAAAUGUAUCGCGUUCCCCGUUUUAAGCGCAACGUCAUAUGCUGUUUUUCUUUCAUGUCUAAUAUUUUCCCGUGCCGAGUUCCACAAGCACCAAAUCAAAUUUGCAGCGAGAUUGUCGUCAUCCGGCAGGAACGCAAACGGGACCAAAUUGGUGCGUGCGUGCGUGUAUUUUGUUGGCAACUAAGUUUGUGUUUUUGUUGAGCGGUCCCAAAUUUGGCGCAUGACUCUCGGGAGUCCUGCCCAAUAAAGAUCAGCGUGUGUCUAAA